AUGCCUACCAACAAAGCCCAGGACCUCUUCAACGUUAAUGGCCUUGUUGCCGUCAUUACGGGUGGUGGUUCCGGCCUUGGUCUGUAUGCUGCUCGAGCGCUUGACGCCAAUGGCGCGAAGGCUGUCUACAUCAUCGGCCGGCGUGAAGAGACCCUCAAGGAAGCUACAAAGACUGCUGUUAAUGGAACUCUGAAACCUAUUGUCGGGGAUGUCUCAGAUAAGCAAUCCCUCCAGAAGAUUGCAGAGCAGAUUCGGAAAGAAGAAGGCUACAUCAACCUUCUCUUCGCCAAUGCAGGCGUUAGUGGACCUAAUCAUGCGAAGGACGUACCCGACAAACCAACCGCCAAGGACUUCCAGAAAGCUGUGUUUGCAUCUGAUCCUCAGGACUUCACACAAACGCUGCAUGUAAAUACCACGGCGGUGUUCUAUACCACUAUCGCCUUCCUCGACCUGCUCGACGAGGGCAACAAGAAGGGCAAUGUACCUCAGGACAGCCAGGUCAUCGUGACAUCAAGCGUGGCCGGCUUUAGUAGGUUUCUGGCUUCAUCGUUCGCAUACUCGACCUCCAAAGCUGCUGUUAACCAUCUCGUCAAGAUGCUGUCAACAUAUUUCAGCCAAAAUGGGUUACACAUUCGCGCCAAUCUGAUUGCACCUGGACUGUAUCCGUCGGAGAUGACUCAGGGGAAGACCAAGGACAUGGAGCCGCUGGGAGGAGUCAAAGGGCACGGUGCGUUUUCGGAUGCGUACAAGGCAGAGCCUACGUUGGCUCCUGCGGAGAGAACAGGGAGCGAGGAGGACUUUGCGGGCACGAUAUUGUUCCUGGCGAGUAGGGCAGGGGCGUACCUGAACGGGGAGACGCUGUUAACAGAUGGUGGUCGGCUUUCUCAGCUACCUAGUGUUUACUGA